AUGACUAGGCGCCCGCUUUUCCUUUUGCUUUUCCUCCUCGCCUGCUCCCAUGGCUUGUGUGGCAAACCUCAGCAGUGGGGUGGCAGCUACGGGAAAGGCAGUGCUGCAUCGAUCGGGAAGGUCCUUGACGAGUAUGUUGCCACUUGUGCUGCACAAGGCUUUAACUGGCAAUAUACAUUGCCACAAGGUCUUAGCGGAAACCGAUCCAAAAAAGAGAAGAGACGCCACAAGUCUUCUUCGAGUGACUCUUCAGUGUCCAGUUCUUCUUCUUCGGAGAAGAAAAAGAAGAAAAAGGGUUCGAAAAAAAAAACCAACAACAGUGCAGCUUUGUCAAAUUCCGACAUGGAAGAAUUGAUGGCUUUCAGGCGCCGUGCUGAGAUUGAGAAGAUCAGGGCUGAAGUGACAGCAAGCAUUGGCAUGGUUGAGCGCUCACCUAGCUCCCAUGACAAAGGGCGUGCCAAUCCCAAGCAAGUUUUCACACCGAAGACCAAAAAGCUGGUGGUAGCCCAAACCCGUGUCUUUGACAAGGACGGCCAAGUGCAAUCGUUGGUGCCGGUGCCCGAGAGCUGGGAACAAGUUGCAGAGCAGCUGUCCGGGCACCCGCUCCCACUCGUAAAACAGUUGCUGCAGCAGAUUAACCCCGACUCUACAGUGCCAAGAGGCAGGAAUGAGGUCGUGAAGCUAGUCAUGGCCGAAUUGCAGAACCGUGAAGACUGA